UACCUGCUGAUUUAACCGACGUGAGGAGCAGCUAUGAGUUUAACAGCAGCAGCGAGUGGAUUUGUUGUCUUCCUUCUCUCCGUACAAGUGAUACAGGCUCAGAAUGGCUGGGGAGUGACUUACACCUCUACUCAGAUCUGUGCCUUAAAAGGAUCAACAGUGGAAAUAAACUGCACCUACACAUACCCAUCCAGAAUAAAUGGCCGUGAUACUACAGUUGAGAAAACAUUCUGGUUUACUAAAUUGCUGAAUAAAGAACCUGUGGAUCUGAGAACAGACUCAGAGUACGCAGGUCGUUUGCAGUACAUUUGUUCUAACAACAUCUGCACUCUGAGAAUCACAGACCUGAGAGAGAGCGACUCAGCUCAGUACAAGUUCAGGUUCAUAACAAACCAACCAGGUGGAAGCUAUACUGGUUCACCUGGAGUCACUUUGUCUGUCACAGAUCUCCAGGUGCAGGUGAUCAGAUCAACAGUCUACAAGAAUUAUACUGAGGCAGAGCUGCUUUGUCACAGCAGCUGUCGUCUUCCUGAUCGUUCUUCCUACGUCUGGUUCAAGAAUGGACAGAAAAUGGAAAGGGUGGAGACAUCUUCUUAUAAAGAUCAGUUUUAUCAUGGAGACAUCAUCUCCUGUGCUGUAAAAGGACAUGAGGAUUUCUGCUCUCCUUCAGUGUAUGCUCCAAAGCUUCCCUCUGUGUCAGUGAGUCCCUCUGCUGAGAUAGUGGAGGGCAGUUCAGUGACUCUGACCUGCAGCAGUGAUGCUAACCCAGCAGCUAAAUACACCUGGUACAAGGAGAACCAAACACUGCUCAGUGAAGAACCACAGCUUGUCUUCAGCUCCAUCCAGUCCUCUGACUCUGGAGAGUAUUACUGUGCAGCUGAGAACCAGCUGGGGAGGAGGACAACUAAAUACAUCAUUAAUGUGAAAUAUGCUCCAAAGCUUCCCUCUGUGUCAGUGAGUCCCUCUGCUGAGAUAGUGGAGGGCAGUUCAGUGACUCUGACCUGCAGCAGUGAUGCUAACCCAGCAGCUAAAUACACCUGGUACAAGGAGAAUGAAGACUCACCAAAAGCAUCAGGACAGAACUUCACCAUCACUGACUUCAGAGCUGAACACAGUGGGAAUUAUUACUGUGAAGCCCAGAACAGAAGAGGACGUCAUAACUCCACCUUACAUCUGAUUGUUGUGGCAGGUUCAUUGAAAUUUCCGGUUGUUCUAUCAGUCAUUGCUGUUGUUCUGGUCUUCAUACUUCUUCUCUCUGUCUUCAUAUGGAUUAGAAAGAGCUCCUUGCAAAAACAACCUGAGGCUGAUGAGACACCACACAACAGAGCAGAGCAGACAGAUGAAACUCAGGAUGCAACCAUACGAUUCGUAAGAAACCAGGCAGAGGCUCUCUACUCCAACUACAGCCCAGCUCAGCCCCUCAGAAACGAGGAGGAGGUUGUUUACGCGGCCCCCAACUUCAACAGUGCCGCAGAUGCUCCAAAGCUUCCCUCUGUGUCAGUGAGUCCCUCUGCUGAGAUAGUGGAGGGCAGUUCAGUGACUCUGACCUGCAGCAGUGAUGCUAACCCAGCAGCUAAUUAUACCUGGUACAAGGAGAACCAAACACCACUGCAAGAACUACAAGGCAUUUAUCAUUUCAACUCCAUCAGCUCUGAGGACAGAGGCAUUUACCACUGCAAGUCUGAGAAUCAGUAUGGACAGAUCAACUCUACAUCUCUAUUUGUAGAUGUACACUAUGCUCCAAAGCUUCCCUCUGUGUCAGUGAGUCCCUCUGCUGAGAUAGUGGAGGGCAGUUCAGUGACUCUGACCUGCAGCAGUGAUGCUAACCCAGCAGCUAAUUAUACCUGGUACAAGGAGAACCAAACACUGAUUCAGGGACCAGAAGGCGUUUAUAAUUUCACCUCUAUCAGCUCUAAGGACAGCGGGAUCUACCACUGCAAGUCUGAGAAUGAGUAUGGCCAGAUCAACUUCACAUCUGUAUCCAUAGAUGUCCAGUGUGUGACAUCAUUCCCAGCCCCGACCUCCGACUUCCGAGGUAAAUGGAACGGACCAUAA